AUGCAUUCCUGGUCAAGGUUAACCUCCCAUCUGUUUCCCGACUUCUCUAAAAUACAUUCCGAAUUAUCUCAACUUAUCGCUGGAAGUAUGCAAUGCAGAGACUUAAGGUGGUUCAAGGGAACAUUACUCAGAAGUUUGCAAAAUCAGCAGUCUGAUCCCCCUUCCAGUCACAAUUCAUACAACAUUUGCGUGGGUCCCCUUGUCACAAUAAGUGGUAAUUUGGCAUAA